AUGCUGGGAAGGGGCCGAUUAGAUAAGAGCGCGGACCGGAUGUAUGACGUCAAGGAUGUUCUGCCGGCGAACACGAGAAGGGCCGGGCACGAAUCGGGAGGCCGGGUGGUGGUAGAGAACCAUGGCCGUGAAAGAGUGGUGACGCCAGCGGGACGAGCGGAUCGCCAAACCUUGAUCACGAUUGAUUUCAUGACUGUUCCUUAUGGUAAACCAUCGCUAUGCGCGUUCUAUGGCAUGCAGCUUGGGGAUGAAGCAUCAGGAAUAGGCGUGGGGAGAAUGCACACCUCCCUGUCCGGAGUGCUGCCGCGCCAAUUGACUGGCUCGAAUGGCCUCACCUCGAGUUGUUGUGUGUUGAUGACCCUUGAUCGUCCCGAGUUCGACUUACCAAGUUACCCUCCUGUCAGAAAUAAGCUUCAUGGGCCAACCCAUCCAGCGUUGCAUGCAUGUGCCCUCCUUCACGUCAUUGCGCUCCUUGCUGUCAUGACCUUCCGCUGCUCCCGAUGCCGCCAGUCCUACCAGAGUCGUGGGCAUCCUCAUACUGUCUUGAUCAGUCCUCGUUCACUGAAGCCGCGCGGCCGAUCUUCGUGA